GUUCUGGGCUGCUCUAACCAUUUCUCCUGACUUGCUCUUCGCUGCCAAGGGAUUUAUCUCCAUUCCUAGAAGAUGUUUUCCUACAGACAGAUGAGCAGCUCCUGCUGCCUUGCGCCCUGUGAAGUGACCUGCCCGCAGCCAAUUGCGAACGCCUGGAGCCAGCCCUGUGUUACAUCCUGUGGUGAUUCCAGAGCUGUGAUCUACCCACCACCCGUGGUGAUGACUUUCCCAGGACCCAUUCUCAGCUCCUGCCCCCAGGAAAGCAUAGUGGGCAGCUCAGCACCAUCCAGCAUUGGGAGCUUGUUUGGAUCCAUGCGUUCUCUGGGUACCAGUGGCUCCUAUGGCUCUAGGAGCUUGUACAAUUAUGGGAGGUCAUAUUCUUCCUAUGUAUCCAGUGGUUACGGUUUUGGGAGCUGCAGACCAUGUUAAAUGUGACAUGAAUAAGGAACAAGAAGCAAUCACCCAAUAUGGAGGAAGAUGUGCCUCCGUAAACCCUGUUACUGGCAUUGCUUUCCUGGAAUGUGAACUAUGCAUUUCUGAAAAUCACACUUACAUGUAAUUCUCAAGAUAAUGAUUUAAUUUAGUCUUCUGACUAUUCUGUCCAGUGGCUCCUGAUAAUAAUGGCUUUGAAAUAGUUAUAUCAAUGAUCUUUCUCUGGUUGAAAGAGGGACGAAAUUGUGUAAGUCUUCCCAUGCCAUGAGAAAGAAAGUGUAAUGUAUGUGGAAUAUGUAGCCCUGGAGCAAUUCUUUGCUUGAAGCCUUUAAUGACCCUGGCAACAUUUCCCCUGUAUUUUUCAUUUGCAAUAAGAUCUUUUACUUCUUGCUUUUUCAUUAAAUUAUUGUGCAUCAAAA